GGCGCAUGUCAAGUGUUUGUAUUUCCAGCAGGCCGCGCCGGUUUGACGUUUGUGCGUUUAUACAGACUACUGUCACUUGUUCUGCUUAGAACGAAUUUAUCGUGGGUGGUUUACGCAUGGACACUUUCCAUUCUUUUCACAACCGAAAUAAUAACAAUCUAAAAAACCUGUUACUAAUUUAAUUAAUCGCUGUCAGUGUUAGUGCGAAAUUGAAAUGUGUAGAGUGCGGUAGGAGUGGUGCAGCCAUAUUAGUGAUCACCGGGUUAUACGAUAAUUCGCCUGGUCGCAGGCAACCAAUACAGCGAAGUUGUAUACGUGUUUGCACAAUUUGAAUGUGGAGGUUACUUUGCCUCACCCACGUACUGAUUAAGGGUUUUCCGUACAACACCCCAUGUUCAGGGUGACACCCACGAGGGCGCGUGAUUUGUUUACUCUCGAUAAGACUUUUAUUUAUAUUUGUGCGUUAAAUGGACCAGAAAUUAUGCGUUGCUGACAUACUUUUUUAAUAGGGAAUAUUUCAAAAUUUGCGCCAUGGCCGACGAGGAGGUACUCUUUGACGAGGUUUACGAUGUUUGUGAGGAAAUUGGAAGGGGACCAUUUAGUAUAGUCAAACGUUGUAUUCAUCGCCAAACUGGACAACAAUUUGCGGUGAAAGUUGUAGACGUAGGAAAAUUUACUUCCGGCCCAGGCCUCAGCACUGAAGAUUUGAAACGCGAAGCCACAAUCUGCCACAUGCUGAAACAUCCACAUAUUGUCGAGCUGCUUGAAACUUAUUCUUCGGAAGGGAUGCUGUACAUGGUUUUCGAAUAUAUGGAUGGAUCCGAUUUGUGUUACGAAGUUGUACGCAGAGCUGCAGCUGGCUUCGUCUACAGCGAAUCCGUUGCUAG